AUGGCUUCUGCCGGCCUCCUGUCUGGCCCUGCCCGAGGGGUCGAUAUCACGGAAACCGUCGAUGCAACUGCCUUGUUUAAGAAUCUCGCCUCGGUCGAGUACAGCGCAGUCGAGGUUACGGCCGCUUUCUGCAAGCGGGCAGCCAUUGCGCGAGGUGCAUCCGAGUUCCUGGGCUCUGCUGCGGCCUCACUGACUUCAAGCCUACGGCAAAUCGAGUCCCUUGUGAAGCACGUCGGCGCCAAGUACGCCUUUGUGCGCCUGCUGCGCGACUCGAGGCACUUGCAGGCAAAUACUCUCGGGCACUGGUUCACGUGGCUCGGUAUCAACUUUCUCCUGGGCGCAGCUGCAUUCAUCGUGGCCGAGGCGGUGCCAGUCUUGAACUAUCUGCUUGCGCUGGCCAGUGCAGUGUGCUUCGCCCCCUUCAGUUUGGUGUUCCCGCCGCUCUUGUGGAUGUAUGAUCAAAAAGGCUGCGGAGUGAGGUCCGCCGGACAGAAGGUCAAGCGUGGCCUUCAUGCGGUGAUUGUGGCGGUUGGGAUCUUGAUGAUAGUGGGUGGGAUUUACUCCGUUGCUAUAUCGAUCCGAAACGCCUUCGCCGACGGGGAUAUUUCCCGUGUCUUCGACUGCAGGGACAACUCUGGCUUCAGUUCGUAA